AUGUCUGGCCAACACAUUCUGUUUGACAUUCCUGACAAGAAUGGCGAAACAUGGUCUCUUAACCCAUGGAAGACUCGGCUGGCUCUGAACUUCAAGGGCAUUGAUUACAAGACAGAAUGGCUCGAAUAUCCGGAUAUUGAGGCCAGACUCAAGCCUACUGGUCUAGAAGGUGACCCGGAUCAAAUUGCGCUGUUCACAUGUCCCACGGUUCAAUUCCCUGAUGGCACUUAUGUCAUGAACAGUGCCAAGAUUAUCAAACGUAUCGAAGCCGAACACCCAGAGCCGCCUCUGUAUCACGACCUGGAAUUGACGCAGACUUUGUUGCAGUCUGCUCAAGGUCUCAUGGAUGCCCUGGCGGCAAUCUUGUUGCCAAUCGCUCCUCGUAGAAUUCUUAGCGAGCGUAGCGCCAAGUACUUCUGGGAAACGCGCAAGGAGUAUCUUGGAAUGUCGCUCGACGAGUUUGAGGAGCGUUACGGCGGCGAGAAGGCGUGGGAAAAGGCCAAGAAGCCUCUAGACGAAAUCACAGCGCUUCUGAGCAAGACAGAAGGGCCUUUCUUCCUUGGUGAUAAGGUGGCUUAUGCCGAUUUCAUUCUUGUUGGUUUCCUGUUCUGGGCCAAGAAGUUUGACGAGGAGGUCUACCGCCGUAUCACCCAACAUUCGGACGUUUUCGAAAAGCUGUAUCAAGCCUGUGGGCCGUGGCUGGAACGCCAGGAUUGA